GAAAAGCUACGUCACUAUUUUCGGUCACGUGACGUACCGUUAGACGCCAUAUUGGCAGUUUAGUGCGUUGCCAGGGUUCAGCAUGAUAGUGUGCGGCUCAUUGGACGUCUCGGAUCAAAAUAAAACCGAUAAUUAACGGAAAGAACAGUUUCGGGGUCGAUUGUUUGUGUAAUUCGUCGGAUUUGGGUAUCGGCACAUUUGAAUAUCGCGGGUCGUCAAGAUUUCGAUUCGGGUAUUUACGAUUGUCACGGAGUGUGUCUCGAUUGGUGGUGCAGAUGUUCUGUGUUUCUUUGCUGACGAUCCCAUGUGCCUUGGCGGGAAAUUAAACAAAUUAUAAUUUUAAUGACCCGAUAGUUGUCGGCUAUGGCAGAAGUGGCAGAUAUGGGGGAAGUGGACGAGAUGCAUUCAAAUGAAGGUGUGCUGGUGAAUGGCAGUUUAACAAACGACGUUGACAUGGAGAGCCAGGACAGCCAGGACAGCAGUAAGAAAAUUAGGAUACCUGAAUCAAUGGAUAUUGAUCAUGCAGACACCAGUGACAAUGAAACUGAUGAAACCAAGGAAGGCAAUCCAGACAGUAUUUCAACUGAAGACGACAGUAAUGAUAACAUGGCCGACAGCAAUUCAGUAACUACAGAAAAUCAUUCCAUUGAAACGGAAGAGACUAGUAGUCAAGAAGGAAAAGAGACUGAAGAUCAAGACUCCAAUUUGGGGGAGCUUGAAUCAAUUAGGGAAUUUAGUGAUAGUGAAAAAGUAGUGGAUCACAUAAGUAGUUCAAAAUUAGAUGAGGAAUCGCAACAAAGUACAGAAGGAGCUAAAAUGGCGCAAAUAGAAAUAAAAACAACUAGUGAAGAAGCUGUUCUUGAAGUGCACACCGAACUACACCAUAAAAAAGAUAAGGAAGAAGAAACAAAAAGAGAGUCAAGUGAUGAAUCUGAACCCAAACAAAUGCUUGAAAAUUUAGAAGGAAAAAAUAUCAGUUCUAUAGAGAUCCACCAGAUUGAUGAAGAAGAGAAAAGCAAACAUCAUGAAACUGUGGAACUGAAUACUGACAGUGAGGAUGACGCUGAUGUUAUGAUAGUUGAUUCACCAAAAACGAAUGGCACUUCUCAUGAAGUCAUUGAUCUCGUUGAGACACCAGAGAAACAUAGCAAGAUUGGAAAAGAUGCUAUCACGCCGCGAAGGAGUUCUAGGAAUUUAAAUAAGAACAAAAGUUAUGCUGAGAGUGAUAAGGAAGACACACCUCCACCACGUCCUGUGGCACCAGUUGAGUCUGAGGGGUCGGAUAUUGAAGAAGUACUUCCUCAAGAUCCCCUGGCUGUGAAUGAUCAGAUCACAGUUGAGAGGAUACCCCUUGAAACCAGCAAAAGCGCUUCGACGAUCGUGGUGAAAGACACUAAACGCUUAGUAGAAAUUGCUUCUAAAUCGAAUUCUAGUGGUUCUUCUAUUAGUGGCGGCAAAAAAGAACCAACACUAGUGAUAAUAGACACUAAUUCGAUUCUCUCAGGCCGUGGUCCUGUUCCUGUGAACAAAUCCGCGACCCAAGGCACUUCUACCUCAAACUAUUCCUCCGCGCUGCCCGUCUCUAUACCCGCUCAGUAUCCUCAAAAUAUGCGAGCCACCAUAACUCCCAUUCCUGUCAACUCAAGUCAGGUGAGUGUCGCCGCUGUUUCUAAAUCCAGCGCCGCCACUAUAACUCCGAAUCCCACUCCUUUGCUGCCUACAUUGACAGACGAUAUGUUUGUGGUCGAAGCGCCUUCAUUUAUAGUGCCCUAUGUGUAUGAAAAACCUCCAGUGAAAAUUCUCAAAGAUUUUGUGGCGGAUUUAAAGAAGCAAAUCCAAGGGAGAAGGAAAUCAAAAAUUGACAAAGCAAAAGGGGAAGCUAAGGCUAUGGUAGAGUCAAAAGAUAAUUCCAAAAACGAUAAGGAAAACAAAGAAGUGAAUGACAGUGAGAAGAAGGAAUCAGAAUCGGAGGAAGAAAGUGAGGAGGAGGAAGAGAAGAAAACUGAUGAUCUUAGGAAGCCUUACAAUUAUUUUAACAGUCCAUUGGGGAAGUUUUUUACCGAUAUCGGGUUCAAUAUGGUACAGGAAUAUGUUCAAGCUGACUUGCUAAAACAGCAGAAACGAAAACGGGAAAGGGAACAGGGCACCAAUCCUGAGACAAACAAAACAAUUCAGUCGCUGAUGAAAAACCUAGAACUGAGCAAAGAUUCAAAUGACCACUUUAAAAUGGAGUUGAAAAAGUGUGAGUUCUGCAACUUCAAAACUGAAUCCACUUUAGCUAUGGCAUACCAUUUGGAGACGCCUCACAUGAAGAACUUUGUUUAUAAAUGCAAUUUUUGUCCCUAUGAAGUGCGAAGUCCCCAUGACAUUCUGUUUCAUAUGGAAGCGGAACAUGCAGUCCGUGGUCAUUUAGAAAGAGCUCCUGCUUUUCAUCAGUGCCCAUCUUGUCCAUUCGAGGACAACCAAAAGGGGAAAUUGUCGCGGCAUCUGGUGGUUUGUGCACGAAAGUUCAAACCAGAUCGGAACUUGGAACCUCCGGCCGAUUGGGAACCACCCGCCAAGAUACCACGCAUGCCCAAAUUAAGGGCUCAAGGGUUAAAUGCUACAGCGGCUGCUUACCAAGCGAUGAGUAAAACCGGCCAGUAUCAGUUCCUAUCCAAGAUGCAACUUCAAAGCACAAAUCCUGCAUUACAACGGGGCAGGGGCCGACCCACUUUGGGACCAAAUAUGAAAGUCCAACCAAUGCUGAGACCACAGGGUAUGGUGUUUAAGCAACAGGCAAUGUCUGGCGGCUCUGUGUUGGUCCCUACCAAUUACCAGUUGAGCGGGAACCAAGUGUUUCAGGUGGUGGGCGGUGGUCAGGACUUGGGCGGGCGGCUUGGUGUAGCUCCCGGCCACAUGGCUUUUGUCCCACCCAACAUGGCCGCCUCCGCCUCUUCUAGCAUGCUCACCGUUCAGAACGCGACGCAACAGAAAAAGCCUACGAAUCAACCCAGUAUUUCCAUUACGCCAUUGCCUAGAGGCACUACAGCUACACCUGCCGUCACUUCUAAACCCGGCGAUACAAACUCUAAAAAUUCUUUUGUCAUUUGCGAAAUUUGCGACGGUUAUAUAAAGGAUUUGGAGCAACUGCGGAAUCACAUGCAGUGGAUCCACAAGAUCAAAAUUCAUCCGAAAAUGAUCUACAAUCGGCCGCCAUUGAAUUGCCAAAAGUGCCAGUUCCGUUUUUUCACGGAUCAAGGCCUGGAGCGGCACUUGUUGGGAUCACACGGAUUAGUGACCUCUAGUAUGCAAGACGCAGCAAACAAGAGCAAAGAUUCAGGAAGGUGUCCCGUGUGCGGACGGGUUUACCAAUGGAAAUUGCUUAACCAUGUGGCUCGAGAUCACGGCAUGACACUAAAGCCGGCGCAUUUGUCAUACAAGUGCACCGUUUGCACGGCUACCUUCGGCAUGUACAAACAGUUUGAGAAUCACGUAUAUUCUGCGCAUAGUGUGGUGGCGAAGCGGGUGAUGGACAAAAAGCAUAGCAUGCCACUGCCUUCUUCAGCCGUUUCGAAGGUAACGGACAUGAAACCCUUGAAAAUAAACGAUGAAAUCACCAUUAUCCCGCAACCGGCAAAAUCCGCGAAUGGUGCCAGCAAAGAGGGCAGCCCCUCCUCGACGACCUCGACGAAUUCCAGACACAGCACCCCGAGCACUAGCAAAAAUCUUUCGCAUGAAGGUGGCGCUUCUUGAACUGGGCGGAGAAGAGUGGCAGAAUUUAAGUGCUAAAAAAUAUUGGUGUAUUCAAUGACCAUGUGUAAUAGGGUAGCUCCCCAUAUCAUUAGAUAUCUGUUUCAAAGUUGGGAGUGUCUGUGAAAGGCAGGUAGCCAAGAACACGUUUUGACAGUUUUGUUUUUAGUGCCUCUGGAUAAUAUUAAUUUGGCACUAUGGUUAAGUUUAAGUUUACCUCUGUCUCAUAUUUUCAUGCCUCUGCAAUUUAUACUUAGCGACUGCCUUUGCGUUUGCAUACUUUAAAUUCAAUCAUUGGCAUCACAGAUACUUAACCAUGUUCACUUCACACAGGUGAAGUUCAACGUUUUUAAGCAGUAAAUUUUUUUUUUAAACUGGGCGAAUAUUUUAAGGUUGCUUUCGGGGGAAACACUUUAGUUUUAGUUCAGUAAAAAUACUGUAAAAACGUGUCACUGGCCUUUUUCGGGGAAGGAAACUCCGUAUGCGAGAAUAACCAGUGUAAUAUAAACACAAGGUUGAAGAUUGAAUAUUUGUAAAUUUUUUGUUUGUAUAAGGAAUAUUCUUGUGGCGGAGAUGUGGUAGAGAAGACUAAUAUAUAUUUUGAGCCGAAAACGACUAUAAAAUAUUGCUUAGUAGAAAACUGUAAAGACCAGAAACAAAAUUUGGAUUGCUAGAUUAUAUAUACCUUUUAUGUGCUAAAAUUGAAGAAAUUGCAAUCAGCAUAGUAUCCUCUCUAAUGUUUCAUGUAAAUAGUUACAACUACCACUUACCUUUACCACAAAUUUCUAUGUAUAUCUAUCAUCCGGAAAGAGUUCUUAUUUCCAGCAAGUCUGCUCUAUUCAAUAGUAAAAGUCAACUAUUUUAUGUUCACCUAAUAAAGCCCUAAACGCUAUAACAUAGGUUUUGAACUGGAAUCCCAAGCCAUUUUCCUACAUUAUUUGGUUGGACGGUAGGAUAUAAACUGUAUUCUAAAACACUCUGGGAUUGCUUAGAGCAAUGUUUUUUUGGCAAUAUCCAGUGUACAUAAAGUGAUUAAAUUAGCGCGUUUUAAAUCUAACAGUUCACUAAAUAUCUGAAAAAAAAAAAACUUUGAAAAAUGGUUUUAGUUCUCUCUGCAUUAUUUGAAAAUUAUUUCACAAUGAAUGGGUUGUAUCAGAAUAGUAAUCUGAUGUUUCGCUGUUGGUCGCCAUCAUCAUUAUUCAAAAUAAAUUGGAGUCACUUUCCUAAUUUUUUAGGCGCGAUGCUUACAUUCUUAAUGCAGUUGCCAAUAACUUUUGCUAUAUUUCAGUUGUAUUUCGCAAUAAGCUAUAGUGUAAAAAAAUAGCAAUGUCUGAUUAGUAAUCACACUCACAACCACAGAUUUUCCUUGUCUUUCUCUAAUUUCAUGCUACUUGGCCGAAUAAUAGAUAGUAUUGAUCAACUAUUUUUGUUAGGGAUUUUGAUUUGAUUUUUAAUCAAAAAAUCAAAAUUUAAUCUAAAUAUCAACUUGGUUUCUUACAUGUUAGUAAAGUAUUUGUCCUCAUUCAGAACUUCAUGAUAAAAAAAAGUUUUGUGAAAAACUACUUAUUACGUCUCAAAUUGUGUUUUAGUGAAAUAUUUUUGUUGAUAGUAAACCAAGGAAAUUCCAAAAAAUUAAUAUAUACAUAUAAAUGUGUUUAAUAUAUGCCUUUACCUUCUUUCAGAAAAACAAAACUUGCGGUUGCAAUUUUGUUAACAUACUUAAUUUAUUUUUAUAUCACUCAGAUAUUUGUUUCAAAUGCCUUUAAGUAAAAUAUAACUUAAUCAUUUUUUAAUAUGUUGAUGUUUUAAUUAAUUGCCCCAAAUCUAUUCAAAAAUAUAAUUAAAUAUCAAAUUUAUUCAAACGUCAUCAUGUGUAUUUGAACAUAAGAAAUAGAAGUGCUGAUAUAGCAUAUGACCCAGCCAUGUUUAUUUGGUUAGCUUUGGUUAACUUGUUUUGUUUUGGAUUUAAUGCUAACGAAUUAAGCUUUGGUUGACUUAUCCCCUAGUACCAUCCGCUAGCGGAUAAGGACAUCUCACAUUCUUAUUGUAUUAGUAAUUA